AGCCCAACCCCUUUUCGUUCACAAACUGGGGGUUCCACCUUUUGGGGUACAUCAACAGGAGUGUUUGGCGCAGCCCAAUCUUCUUCACCUUUCUCUUCGACAACCACUUUCGGGGCUUCAUCAUCCCCGGCUUUUGGGAGCACAGUGCCUGCUUUUGGAACAUCUUCUACUCAUGCCUUUCGUGGUUCGUCAUCAUCAUUUGGAUCCUGUCUUUGGUCAGAAGGCUUCUUUUGGAAGGUUUGGAUCCACUUCUACUCUAGCAAGUCCCUUUGGAAGCACAAAUCACCAAUCACAACCAGCAUUUGGGAGUAGCAUAUUUGGUUCCACCUCGCCAUUCGGUGCGACCAAUCAGUCUGCGUUCGGUGCAAGUAGCACCCCUGCUUUUGGUGCUACAAGCACUCUUGCAUUUGGUUCUACAAGUGCCCUUGCAUUUGGUGCUAUGAGCACCCCUGCCUUUGGUGCUACAAGCACGCCCACUUUAGGUGCUACGAGCACCCCAACUUUUGGUACAACAGCAAGCCUUGCAUUUGGUAGCACAGAGACUGCGUUUGGUGUGUCAAAUGCUCAUGUAUUUAGAUUUGGUGGAGCAUUUGGAGCAUCAAGCAGCCCUUUAUUUGUUUCCUCAAGCACUCCUACGUUUGGUACCUCAAGCACUCCAGUGUUCGGCACCUUAAGCACUCUUGCAUUUGGUGCUACAAGUGCCCCUGCAUUUAGUGCUACGAGCACCCCUGCAUUUGGUGCUACAAGCGCCCCUGCCUUUGGUGCCACAAGCAUGCCUACUUUUGGUGCUACGAGCACCCCAGCCUUUGGUACAACAGCAAGCCCUGCAUUUGGUAGCAUAGAGAUUGCGUUUGGUGUGUCAAAUGCUCCUGUAUUUGGAUCUAGUGGAGCAUUUGGAGCAUUAAGCAGCCCUUUAUUUGGUUCCUCAAGCACUCAUAUGUUUGGCACCUCAAGCACUCCAGCGUUCGACACCUCAAGUACUCCAGUGUUCGGCACCUCAAGCACUCCUGCAUUCAGCACCUCAAGCACUCCAGAGUUCGGCACAUCAAGUACUCCUACGUUUGGCACCUCAAGCACUCCUGCAUUCAGCACCUUAAGCACUCCAGCAUUCGGCACAUCAAGUACUCCUGCGUUUGGCACAUCAAGCACUCCUAUGUUUGGUACCUCAAGCACUUCAGCGUUCGGCACAUCAAGUAGUCCUGCGUUUGGCACAUCAAGCACUCCUAUCAAGGCCUGA